AUGUUGAGGUCGACAUUGAGCUCGUUUAGAGACUGGCGCGAGUACUUGACUCCGGCAUACCAUGUUUCGUCGUUUAAGGAAACGGGCCAGAUCACUCCAGAGGAGUUUGUAGAGGCCGGAGAUUAUCUGGUGUAUAAGUUUCCCACGUGGUCGUGGGCUGGCGCACCGGCCUCAAAGAGAAGAGACUUUCUGCCUGAGGAUAAACAGGUUCUGGUUACGAAACAUGUUCCAUCGCAUUUGAGAGCUGGAGCGUUUACUGAUGGUGCUGGCGAUGAGCUGGAUGUGAUUGUGGAUGGGGCAGAUGGAGGUGAUGGCGACGACGGAUGGGUUUCGACUGCUGGUAGCAACCAUGGUUCAGCGUCGUUGAAAUCCGGGUCGUCAAAGGUUAUAGAUCGAGAACAAACCGGUUCUGGACCUGUAACAGAGUCUGAUACUGCGUCAAUUGAAGAGAUUAUUGAUAUCGACGAGUUUGAGGAAUUAGAUGAAGACGACCAAAUUUAUCGACCAGAUGACGGCGGUGAUACUAGUAAGAGCUCGGGGGCUAAUAACUCGACGAGAUCGCCGAAUCGAACUUACAAUUUAUUUAUUACCUAUUCGACGUCGUACCGUGUCCCGAAAUUCUAUCUCAGUGGGUUUAAUGCCGACGGCAAUCCACUUUCUCCGAACGAGAUGUUUGAGGAUAUUGUGGUUGAUUAUCGGGACAAGACGGUUACAAUUGAGAAAGCUCCGUUUGAAGAGGACCUGACUCUGAUCUCUGUUCAUCCGUGUCGUCAUGCUAAUGUCAUGAAAAUCCUGCUUGAUCGUGCUGAGAAUAGACUUCGCCAGAAACAGGCUGUAGAGCAUGACGAACUGCUAAAGGGCAUUUCAAAGGUCGGAUUGGCUGAUUCGACGGUUGACGAUUGGGAGGAAAUCGGGUCGAACGAGCCUCCUACCACCUCGGAACUCCAACAGACCGCCAUCCGAGUCGACCAAUAUUUAGUCAUUUUCCUCAAAUUCAUAGCCAGUGUCACCCCUGGUAUCGAACUCGACAACACUAUGGUUAUGUAA